AUGCGUCCCGCGAUGUCGACCCCUCCACCAGCCCCUUUCACCCACGACUCGCGUCUUCGCGAAGCAGGGCAAUGUUCGCCCGAUAGCAUGGUUACCACAGAGGUCCCUUCGCAGCGGCGUUCCGUUACAGAAUUACCUGGAGAAGCGCUCGCGGACGAAAUCACAGCCUUGGUGCACUCACAGGUCCAGGGAGCGACUGUCACCGAUGUCUUUCAGGAAGGGGAAUGGAAGAGUAUUAGGAUGGACAAGGUACACGUGAAGCGAUGCUCUGUGACAGCCGGGCAAGGUGGAGUGGCUUCAGAGGAGGCUUUUGCGUGGAUUCGAGACUUGGCAAGAGUGGAGAUGGAGGGACUUCCACCCCAGGUGGAAGCUCAGGUGGAAGAUUCAUCAAGUGCCCAGGUGGACCGUCAGGUUCAGAGGCAGCAGAGCAAGGUGACCCAGCAGCACGUACAGCAGCAGCAGCAGCAGCAGCAGCAGCAGCAGCAGCAGCAGCAGCAGCAGCAGCAGCAGCAGCAGCAGCAGCAGCAGCAGCAGCAGCAGCAGCAGCAGCAGCAGCAGCAGCAGCAGCAGCAGCAGCAGCAGCAGCAGCAGCCGGAGCAUAGGCAGCUUGGGCAGGUGCCAGACCAGGGGCAAUUGUACAGGCCUUUUCAUCAUCAGAUUCAUCAGUCCAGUGGGAACUUCAAUCUGCAGCAGCAGCUGCAACCGCAAGCUCCGCCACUGUCACAGGAGCAGGCGCAGCAGAAGCAGCAGCAGCAGCAGCAGCAGCAGCAGCAACAACAACAGCAUGUAAUUUACAGUUAUGGGAACGGAAAUCAUUUAGACCAUCAUCCUCCUCAUCAUCCCCAUGUACAUACCACAUCUUUCUCUCACCUCCCUUUUCCCUACCUCUUCCAACACCUGCAGCAGCAUCAACUGCCAGCAUCGCUGCCUGUGACCCUCCCACUCCACCAGCACCAUCUUCACCAGCAGUACUACCAGCAGCAGCAGCAACAGCACCAGCAGCAGCAGCAGCAGCAGUGCAUUCAGCAACCCGACAACCAUGCAACCACGCUCAGCCACACAGCAUCAUACCUCGAUCCACCAUGCAGCUUCAAGUUCAACAGCACCAGCACCAGCACCUUUAACAGCAUCGGCAGCAGCAGCAGCAGCAGCAGCAGCAGCGGCAGCAGCCAUGCGUUGGGCGUGUUCUGGGACAUUGAGAAUUGCUCCGUACCCUCUGACGUGCGCCCUGUGGACGUUGCAUGCCGAUUGCGUGCCGGCCUCUCCUCGCACCCCGCCACUGCUGCCGCCUGCAUCACCACCUUCACAGCAUAUGGCGACUUCGCACUGAUCCCCAGCCGCAUCCGCGAGGCACUACAGCGCACAGGCGUCACUCUCGCCGACGUGCCCAGCGGCCGCAAGGACGCCUCCGACAAAGCCAUUCUCGCAGACCUCUUCCUCUUUGCUCUCGACCACCCGCCCCCCUCCUCCAUCCUGCUCGUCUCUGGGGAUGUGGAUUUCGCCCCUGCGCUGCAUAAGCUAGGGCAGAGGGGGUUCGGGGUGCUGCUGCUGGCGCCGGUGUAUGCUCACGCGGGCGUGUCGGCGUCGCUGCUGUCGGGUGCGGGGUUUGUGUGGGAUUGGCUUGCGCUGGUGCGCGGGCAGGGGCUUGUUCCGUUUGUGGGGUUGCAGGGGAGGCGGCGCGCGUCUGGUGGUGCUUCUGCUACUGCUGCUGCUGCUGCGGCUGCUGCUGCCAGUGCUGCUGCUGCCGCCGCUGCUGCUGCUGGUGCUGGUAUUGGUGUUGCUAUUGAGGAGGAGCGGAUGGUGCAGGGAUGGCAGAUGGGGCAGAUGAUGCAGGCUGGCGGAGAAGGGGGUUAUGGCAGCGGCGGUGGCAUUGGCGCUGCUGGGGGUGCUGCAGGGGUGUUUGCAGGUGGAGCAAUGGGGGGUCCUGGCGCCGGGGACGUUUCGAAUUUAUCCCAUCGGCUGCGCCACCUGCUGCACUUGAACGGGGGACGUAUGAACCUUACGCGCGUUCCCUCGGAGUUUCGCCGCGUGUUUGGGCUGCGAUUGUGCUUGACUGAGUUUGGCGCGAGCAAGAUCGCGCAGGUGGUUGCCAAGAUGGAUGGGCGGGUGAUUGGGAUUGAAGGGAGUGGAGUGAAGCGGUUUCUGGUGCUUAAGGAGGGGUCUGCAGGGGUUGGAGGCGGUGGAGAGGGUGUAGGCGGGCAUGCUGGGUAUGUGGGAAACGCAGGGCUUGCAGGAGAGGCAGGGUAUGGAGUGGACAGGGGGUCAGUGGUUUUGGUGGGGGAGGGUGAGAGGCACGGGGACUGGGAUUCGGGAGCUGCUGAGAGGGCAGCAGUAUUGCCUGCUUGGGAACCGUUUUCAGGGUUUGAGGAGUUUGGUGGUGGUGCAGUUGGCAGUGGUGUGGUUCAUAGUGUGGAUGCAGCCACGUGUGGGUACGAGACGGAUAGUGUCCCUGUGGUGGGCAGUCUGGCUGGGGAGUUUGGAGGGAGGGGGCACGGUGUAGAGGGGUGUGGAGGGAUGGAGGGAGGCGAGAUAGGGGGUUGGAGGGAGGAAGGAAGUGGAAGCAGGAGAGGAGGGGGGAUUGGGGGGAAGUGGGGAGAGGGGAGUGUGGGAAAGGGUGGAGGUGAGAGUGGAACGUGGGAGAGGCUUCUAGGGGAUUGGGAGAAGGUGUGGGGGAGUGAAGAGGCGGGUGGUAGUGGGAACAGGGAGGAGAGUGGGGAGGAGAGUAGGGAAGUGAAUGGUAAGGGGAGUGUUAUGGAGAGUGGUAUGGAGAGUGGUGAAAGUGAAAAGGAGAGUGGUGAAAGUGGAAAGGAGAGUGGUGAGGAAAGUGGGGCGCAGGUUGAUAAGAACAAUGGGAAGCAGAGUUGGGGGAAGAGUGGUAAGGAAAUUGGGGAGGAGAAUGGGAAGGAGAUUGGGGUGGGAAUUGAAAAGGAGAGUGGGGGGGUGAAUGGUAAGGAGGGUGUAAAGGAAAGUGGUGACAGUGGAAAGGAGAGAGGGACGCUGAAUGGUAUGAAGAGUGGGGAAGUGACUGGUAGGGAGGGCGUUCAGGAGGUUGUUGGAAGUGAAAAAGAGAUUGUUAAGUGGAGUAGUAAGGAGAAUGGUAAGGAAAGUGGGGAGGAGGUUGGUCAGGAUUGUGGAGAGGACAGUGGGGGGAAGACGGAUAAGGAGAUCGGGCAGGAGAGUGGGAAGGAGAGUGCUAAGCAGGGCUGUAAGGACAAUGGGGAGGAGGUUGGAAUUUAUAGUGAAGAGGAGAGUGGAGUAGCGAGUGGUAAGGAGAUUGGGGAGGGGUGUGAGAAGGAGAGCGGGGAGGGGUGUGGGAAGGAGAGUGGGGAGGGGAGUGGUGAAGAGAGUGGGGAAGUGAAUGGUAAGGAGCAGGGUACUGAAAGUGGAGAGGAGGUUGUUAAGGAUAAUGGGGAGGAGAGUGGGGGGGAGAGCGGUAAUGAGAUUAGGCUGGGGAGUGGGAAGGAGACUGGAGGGGAGAGUGGUAAGGUAAUUGUGGAGAAGAGUGGGGAGGAGUGUGGGGAGGAGAGUGCACAGGGGACUGGGGGGGUGGAUGAUAAGGAGAAUGGGGAGGAGGAGAGUGAGGAGGAGGGUGUGGAGGAGAGUGGGGAGGAGGGUGGGGAGCAGGGUGGCAAGGAGAGUUGGGAGAUAAUAAUUCGGCAAGUAGUAGAAGAGAAGGGAAUCGACCACGAAGCUGUGCAUGGGAGUGGAGGAUGUGUGGCAGCAGGGGAAGCAGAGAGUUGUGCGGGGGAAGAGAGCGAGUGGAACGAGUCAGAAAUGACAGGUUGUGUACAGGAGAGGGUUGAUUGUGGAGGAGGAGAUGUAGGGGCGGGGUUAGGGAUAGUGAUGGUUAAGGAUGGGGGAGGUGUUGGAGAGGAGGUUUUGGACUUGGAGAGUGAAGAGAACAGGGAAACGAUGGGUGGUUGCAAGGUAGGAGUGGCGGUGGGAGGUGGGGAAGGAGGAGCAGUUUGGGGAAGGGGAUUUGAAGUGAAAGGAGAGGUGGAGGGGGGUGAGGGAGUGGAGGGAGGUGUGGGAGUGGAGGGAGGUGUGGGAGUGGAGGGAGGUGAGGGAGAGGGAGAAAUGGAAGUAGGGAAGCAGACAGGGUGGGGGUUGGGCAGCAGUGAUGAGGAUGGGUUGGGGCAUGGAGGGGAGAGUGUGGGGCAUGGAGGGGAGAGUGUGGGGCAUGGAGGGGAGAGUAUGGGGCAUGGAGGAGAGAGUGUGGGGCAUGGAGGAGAGAGUGUGGGGCAUGGAGGGGAGAGUGUGGAGCAUGGAGGAGAGAGUGUGGGGCAUGUAGGAGAGAGUGUGGGGCAUGAAGGGGAGAGUGUGGGGCAUAUAAAGGAGGGUGUGGGGGGGCAUGAAGAGGAUGUGUUGAUGGCUGGACUUGCGAUGAACGCAGGUGAUGGGGAAGCAGGAGGUAUGGGUGACGAUGGGAUGCAGCUACCGCUACCAGUAUAUGCUGAGGAGGAUGCUGAGGAGGACGAACUGAUUGUCUGGAGUGGUCUUGGGAAGGGGUUUGUGUAA